GGGCUUGUUUGUUUAUACGGAUAUUCUCAUAUCUUUUUUGGUAACAAGUUUAACUCUACAACCAAACAACAUCUCUAAGGCCUUAUCUCACACAUAAACCAACACACACACGAAGAACUCAGGAUUUGUCUAAAGACAACAAUGGCGAAGAAGAAAGAACUGUUAUCAAAAGCACCAUGGAGAGGCGACGACGAUGAUGAAUCUGAUAAGUUUAGCAACGCAAAGCUUAAAGUCACAAAGGAUUCUGAUGGUAUGUCGAAGAUGCACGUUCCUAGUCGUGGAACCAAAAAGGGAAGUCUCGCUGAUGAUGAUGAUGAUGAUUCACUUGAGAUUGAUCCUCAGCUUCGUUACAGUUUCAAUCGCAACUAUCAGUUCCUGCAAAGUGUAUUCACUAUAGACACUUUGGUGAAGCCUCUUCCUCCUGCAAUGGCAUUCAACGUCUCUCGCAACUUGAGUUUCUUCACCCGCAUUUUCACUCAGUUCUUUGAUCCUGAAGGCAUUGCAAAUGCACAGAAGUCUCUGGGGUUGGGGCAGGAAGAUAAAGCGCGUCGUGUUCGUUGAGAUAUGACUAUCUUCCAAGCUUGUGAAUGAACCCAGCACUGUUAGAUUGAUUAAUAUAUGUCCUAAAGAGUUGUUUUAUAUGAAUUUUCCUAAGUACAAUGAAAUUUCCAAGUUCCAUUUUAGCACUAGCCUUCCCUGUUUCCAUCAAUAUAAACUACUUUGGUUCAAACCCAAAACUUGGUUC